AUGUUAGAGGACGGAUGUAGCACCAUUGUUCUAUGUGCAUUGUUUUCUCUAUUUUUUAUAUUUAUAUUACAUCUCUUCCGAUAUCUUGUAAAAGAGCCACAUAUUCAUAUUAGAGAUGUUACCAAAGAGCAUAAUUGGAAAUCUAUUAAAAGAGAAACAAAGGCAUAUUACUGUAGCAUUUGUGAAAGCUUAUUAUUGAAUAUUAGUGGUUUAAUCUGUGAUUCAUGUGGUGUUUGCGCGGAUCCUACGUGUGUCAAGAUUGCAGAUAAACAAUUAAAGUGCAAACUUAUUACUAUAAACACAAAUGAACCAAUGAAACAUCAUUGGAUAAAGGGUAAUUUACCUCUAAAUGUUAUGUGCGACAUAUGUAAUGAGGAAUGUGAUGUGGAACCUGGACAAACAGAUUGGUGGUGUUGUUGGUGUCAGAGAUGUGUCCAUGAUGACUGCAAACCUAAGCUUUCUAAAAUAUGUGAUUUUGGUAAAUUUAGAUUAAUGAUAAUUCCACCAAGUAGUUUAGAGGUAAUAAAUUUACGAAGUACUGUAAGACGUAGACUAUAUCUUUGUUCAAUUAUACCUCCAAGUUGGCCUCAGUGGAAUCCUCUUAUAGUUGUUGCAAAUAAAAAAUCUGGAAAUAAUGAUGGAGCAGAAAUCUUAUCUCUGUUUAGAAGGUUAUUAAAUCCUGCACAAGUUGUUGAUUUAUCAGAACGUGAUCCAGUUGCUGUUUUAGAAUGGUGUCGUUUACUUAGGAAAGUAACAUGUACAGUGCUUGUUGCAGGUGGAGAUGGAACAAUAGCUUGGUUAUUGAAUGCCAUUCAUAAACUUGAAUUGGAAGCAAUUCCAUCUGUAGCAAUAAUUCCAUUGGGAACAGGAAAUGAUUUAUCAAGAGUACUAGGAUGGGGAAAAGAGCAUGAUCCAAAUAAGGAUCCUAGAGAUAUUUUACAAGAGAUACAACUAGCACAAAAAAUCGAACUUGAUAGAUGGACUGUGACGGUAAAACCAUAUGGUGGAUUAGGACUCAGAAGUUCACAACAAAUAUUUUACAUGUAUAACUAUUUAAGUGUGGGAGUAGAUGCACAAGUAACAUUAAAUUUUCAUCGUACAAGAGAAAGUCGUUUUUAUUUUUAUAGCAGUAGAUUAUUCAAUAAGCUACUAUAUUUGUGCUUUGGGAUGCAACAAGUAGUUGAACGAGACUGUAAGAAUCUUAAUAAAAAUAUAGAAUUAUAUUUGGAUGAUGAAAAAGUGGAUUUACCAUCUAUUGAAAGUAUUGUAAUAUUAAACAUCCCAUCGUGGGCUGCUGGAGUUGAUUUGUGGAAUAUGGGAUUAGAAGGCUAUGAAAAAUAUGGAAAACAAAGCAUCAAUGAUGGUAAAUUAGAAGUAGUAGCACUUUAUUCUUCAUUUCAUAUGGCUCAACUUCAAGUAGGAUUAUCUCAACCUUAUCGACUUGGACAAGCUAGCAGUAUAAAGGUAAAAAUAAUAAAGUCUUGCGCUAUGCAAAUUGAUGGUGAACCAUGGUACCAACAUCCUUGUGAAUUCAAUAUUAAAUACUGUAAUAAAGCAACCAUGCUUGUAAACACAGAUAAGAAAAUUAUCUAA